CUAUCUCAAUAUUGAUGACGAGAAAUUAAUGCUUCCUUAAUACUCUGACAGUCUCUUUACCGUAGUUUGAAAAAAUUGAAAUAUUAUUGCACACUUAAAUUGCAAUUGUAGAAGUGUCAUAUAGCAGAGGGGAGUUUUUUUUCUCUCUUAUGAUUUAUUGCUUCGAUAGUAUUAAUUCUUGUUAUUGAAAGUUUAUCUUCUGCUUUCAAAAUAUAACAAAUUUAUGAAAGGAUACUGAUGGACUUGAAUAAAUUGUGCAUUUUGUUAGUAUAUUGAUGGAGGCCAGCUGAUUAUUAAUUUUGGUUUAUAAGAAUAACUUUUCAUACAGAACAUUGGUGGUAUAAAUAUCAUUUUUACGGAGAUUGAUGAAAUAUUUUAUGUGACUGUUAUAUUAAAUAUUAUAUUGACAUUGUCAGGAUUGUGUCGUCAAAAAUCAUGGAGGGUAAAGGAGCAUGUCUUCAAAGCGUAAAAAUACGCCAACCAAACUGCCUCGAGACGACGUCGUAAAUGAACGACCAAUCUACAACAGCUUACCUCAAAAUCAACACAAUUACCAUUACGAUCAGGACUUAGAUUAUCAUUCUCCGUUACAUAUUGUUGAAAAUCACGAAAAUUUCAACGGCAUUGAUAACCACGACUCAGACAGUAGUACAGAACGUGAUCGCCCUAAAAACAAGAAGCAAAGAAUUCUACAGAGCAUUCGAAACAGCUCAGACUCCGAUUCCGAUCCUGAAAAUAAUUUCCAUUUAAACAAUAACUCAACAAAGCCCGGGUUUGGGUUGCACAAAAAAUCCAUGGAAAGUGUUCUACGUCGGCUAAAUACACAUAAACCGGAGAGUGCCUCUGAACAGGAAUAUUUGGACAAAUGUCUAAAGAUGACGACGCAUGAAGCCGCAGCCGACAUGCAACUUUUCUCAAAUAUACAGCAUUUGCUCAGUGAUCAGACAGUACAGGACAAGGAACAGAAACUUGGGGAGAUGAUUGCUCAGUUACAGAACAUAAAAGAAAGUAUACGCAAAGAUAAACAGAGUUCAGAAGAAAGGUCACCAAGCCCAGAGCAGCCAAAAAAUAAAGUGCCAUCUCAUAUGACAGUACCAACGAGGGUGUCUCCAUUGACAACGUCUGCGUUCCAAGUAGACACAAAACACCAUUCAUCGCCACCGUACACCACCUCACCAUACCAUUUGUCACCUGUGACACAUUCCAGCCCUUUACCAUCAGACCAUCACUCUACGCCAUCACCUCGUCAUGACAACUCCAUGACCAGUCCAUCUGGACACGCCCCUCACACACCGAUGUGGCUCAGUACACCUAGAGACUCACGAGAUGCUUCAGUCAACGACCAAGACGGCCCACUGAAUCUUUCAAAACCAAGAAUCACAACGCCUAAAAGAGAGCGAAACGAUGAACAAUAUAAUUAUUCUCAUCAUUACGACCGUAGUGCGGAGAAAGUUGUAACUCCGCCUCCUGCGCAUAGCAACCAUCGUCAGAAUGUGAACACGACCAGCAGUACAGCAAGCAGUACCGUCAGUUCACCACAGUUACUAUCGACUCCACCGAAAGUUUCAAUCGCAGAAAAUCCAUCUCCUCUCUUCCCUGGUGUGAGACCUCCGUUCCUUCCUCCUCAGUAUAGUCCAUUCCUUGGUCUCGCCAGUCAUCUGCCAGUCUCCGUCCUCAACAACAACUUUACAGCACACUCCUACUUGAUGAACGGUGGUAAACUUCCAACUCUUGAUUCUGAUAAGGAAAGUAUGGUACAUGAGGCUCUAGCCCGACAGUAUGCAGCAGCUCAGCAUUCUGCCCAUGGUCCUCCAGUGUUUCCUGGCUUCGGUCUGUCCAUGUAUCCAGGAGCAUCUCAUCUUUCUCCCCAUACAAUGGCCAAGGAGCGUAAUGAACCUCUUAGAGCAGAUAACUCAUCUCCAAACUCUAAAAUGUUUGGUGCGAAAAUAAUUCGAGCACAGAAAGAGAAACAGGAUAUGAAUAAACCUCAUGUAAAACGACCAAUGAACGCAUUUAUGGUCUGGGCUCGUGAAGAAAGGAGGAAAAUACUCAAAGCAUGUCCCGACAUGCACAACUCAAACAUCAGUAAAAUACUAGGAGCAAAAUGGAAGGCCAUGAGUAACGCAGAAAAGCAGCCAUACUAUGAGGAACAAUCCCGUCUUAGUAAAUUACACAUGGAAAAACACCCCGAUUACAGAUACAGACCUCGCCCAAAGAGGACAUGUAUUGUAGAUGGGAAGAAACUGAGAAUUUCUGAGUACAAGAAUUUAAUGCGUUCAAGACGUCAGGAUAUUCGUCGUGUCUGGUACGGAGACUCUGGGACCACAUAUGUGGAGGGACUGCUCAAUUCCAAUGGUCAAAGUGUUCAAGGUUCAUCAAGUUCAGGUUAUGACUCUUCAAGAUUGAUGUCCCCUUCCGAGAUGGCAUCAAGUUUAAAUCAGGAAAAUGGUCACAGGGAACAUACUGCUAAUGGAGGCAGUGAUCAUAGUGAUGUGGAAGAUGUCAGCAUGAUUGAUCAGGAUCAUGCAGAUGCUCGUCUCCAUAGUGACGAGGAUAAUUUAAGUGAUGAUCUUGAAGCAGCAGACGACAGUAUGGACGCUUCAUACACUAACCAUAGUAAUCUUAAUGACUCUGAUUUUGCCAAUGGGAAUGGACCACAAUUACAUCAAGUGUCAUCAUAGUUUUUGAUUAACAAUUUACAAAUUGUACAAAGUCUUAAAUAAAAAGAACUUUAUCCCGGCUGUACAGCCUGAAAUUGUUUUAAAUGAAGGGUUGUGUGGUGCUAUAAUGAUUGUUACAAUAGACAUGCAUUAUUGUAGAGUAGGAAAAUACAAAUAUAAAGGGAACAUGAACUUGGUUGGUUCUUGAGAAGAAGAAAUCCUAGUGUAAAAUAAGAGAAUUGAACAAACUGGUACUUGUCCAGCUAUAGAGAAACUGUUUGGUACCAGUCUACUAUAUUAUGUAUGGCUGCGAAAUAUGGGGUUGCGACAAAUAGCUCAUUGCUAUUGUAGUCUUGUAUAGAAUUGUUAUAAUUUCACAUUUAUGUUCAGUUGUUAAGAAUUUUGUUAGCUAGAUGGCAUUGAAUGUAUAUUUGUUAUUAACUUUAUAUGUCUCAGAUAAAAAUUAUAGUGUACAGUACUCAAAUUAAAUAAAUACGCAUUGCUUAUAGUAGACUAUAAAUAUGAAAAAAAACUGUCACACAUGACUGAGUGAUGAGUUAUGUGUUUGAUUGAUUUUUGUACUUAAAUGUGCUGUAUUGAACAAAUGUUCUUAUUGAGAUUUUUUUCUGGAAAUCCAUAUUGUUAAAACAUGCUUAGAAAUCCGUGAUGUUAUUAGUACAUAGAAUUUUGUUAUAUCAGGGAAAAACAUUUUGUAAAGUAGAAGUAAAUUAUAUUCACUUUUUUUCUCACUUUGCAGAAGAAAAAUAUGAGCCGCGUCAUGACAAAACCAACGUAAUGCGUUUGCGACCAGCAUGGAUCCAGACCAGCCUGCGCAUCCGCGCAGUCUGAUCAGGAUCCUUGCUGUUCGCUAUCAGUUUCUUUACUUGUUAUAGGGUCUGUAUGCGAACAGCAUGGAUCCUGAUCAGACUGCGCGGAUGCGCAGGCUGGUCGGGAUCCAUGCUGGUCGCAAACCCACUAUGUUGGUUUUGUCAUGACGCGGCUCAUUUCAUUUAUAAGGGUUUUGUAAAAUAAUCAUUAACCACCUGUCAAGAUGCCAAACACACUUUUUUAUAAAUGAUUAUAAUUUUAUAGUCAUUAAAUUUAUCAUCCUUCCAUAUUUUUGUCCACUUCCAUUAAACGAGAAUCACUCCUAUUUUGUAUCUUUAUCAGUAUCACAAAAGAAUCCUUUGUUAAAAUAGAAUAACUUUUAGAGAAAAUAAUGACUUAAAUUUAUAAUAAUAAAAGUUCAGAUAUCUAUUGAACUAGAAAAGCAUUGCUAAUUUUGAAGUGAUUUAAUUAACAAAUAUUUUAUCAUAUUUUUAUAAUUUUUACUUAAAAUUAUCUGUAAACACAACUAAAUAGUUAUAAAAUUUAGUUGAACAAUAAACAGAACAAAACAGAAUAAACAGAACAAUAUAAUUCUAUUGAAAAAAGGUUGAAAUUAAGUGCCAUAAAAACCAUGUGUUCAAUUUUUAAAUGAAUAAAUAACAAACAAAAAAUAUAUGUUUGUAAAAUUUUAAAUGCUCAAAAUAUGAAACAUAUAUUUCCUUUGAUUAUAUUUGACUGGUUUGUUAUUUUUGUUUACAAAAUAAAUGACAAACUUUCUGCAAAAGAAGUGCCAUACAUUUGUUACAAUGAUUUUUUUGUGCUGUUUUUUAUCCUCUUUGUCUGAAAUAUAAUUUACACUUGGAGGUUUCUAGUCAGAAUGUAUUGAGUUUAUAUUCUUCAAUGUUUUAAGUAUAUAACCUUAGAUGUGACAGUCGACAGCGUAACUACUGUAGUACUGUUUGUACUUUGAUACUUUGUAAUUACUUCUGGCUGAAAAAGAAAAUUAUAAUUGAAAUAUGAAUUAAAAAAACAAAGAACUUAUUGAUGUAGAAUUCAUUAAAUUUGUCAAAUUAUGCACAGUAUAUAUAAAAGAGAAACAAUCAUGUGAAGAAAAGUGAUACAAAAAUUUUGUUGCCAAAGUGACAUUAUAAAUAAUUUAUGCUUAAAACAUUGUUUAAUAUGAACUCUUAUAUGCUAAGAAUCUUUUUAAAAAAGACAUAUAUUUUACAUGAUUAAUUUUUAACACUGAAACAAAUCCAGAAAGUUCAUUUACAUGAAUCCCUAAUUCCCAUUCCCAGAAAUCCAUUUAUUACAUGUUACUACAUCAGACACAAAUGAUGAGCUACAUUCAAGCAAAUUCUGUGCUUAAUAUAUGUACAACAGCCUCAAACAUUUUGCCAUUUGCUGGUUUUGAUGGUGAUAUAUUUCAGUAAAAUAGAGAUUUACCUAAAAAAGAAUUUGGUUUCCUCAAACUUAAGUUUAAAAAUAGAGAAAAAUUGCAUUUAAAUGAACCAUAAUUUAAAGGUAGAAAUGAGUUCAUACGUGGGAUAAUUUUUUCUGGUGUUUACAUGCACUUCUUUUGACUUUAUGUUUAUUCAUAAUAUUUUGUAAAAUAUCAUGUUUAAGACACUUGUCACAAUAGUUGUGACAGUUGAUCAUGUUCAUCAUGUGAAAAGAUUUAUAAUCGGGUAAAUUUUACUAUUAGAAUUAGAUAUAUUUAUAUAUAGAUAUUAGUAUGUAUAUGAUUGAAAGACGUAAACUGUUAAGUAUGCUAGAGUAAAAAACCUGCUGCAAACCUUUCUCAUUAUUUCUUGCAGUGACAUGUUCUUAAAUUUUCUGAACAUUUUUAAAGUUUUUAGUCCAUAUAAAUGAUUUCAAUGUAUUACCUUAACAACAAA